UAUAGUUUUUAAGUCUCAUAAACCAAACUUCAUAUACUUCUAUAUAUAUCAUUAAUUGCUUCAUCAAGAUGCUUUAUAAAUCAUCUAUGAAGUCAUUGAAAAUGGUAAUGGCUAAUUUGAUAACAAUGUUUUUGCUAAUAGAGGUGAUUGCGUGCGGGUUCGGGUUCGGAUUCGGGGCAGAUGGUGGGUUAAACAUGAACUACUACUUGAUGAGUUGUCCUUUUGUUGAACCUGUUGUUAAGAAUGUAGUCAAUAGAGCUUUGGACAAUGAUCCCACCCUUGCAGCUGCUCUUAUUAGAAUGCACUUCCAUGACUGCUUCAUACAGGGAUGUGAUGGGUCAGUUCUUAUUGACUCCACUAAGGAUAAUACAGCAGAAAAAGAUUCACCAGCAAAUUUGAGCCUAAGAGGAUUUGGAAUCAUAGAUGAUAUCAAAGAAGAGCUUGAAAGACAAUGCCCUGGUGUGGUUUCAUGUGCUGAUAUUCUUGCUAUGGCUGCUACUGAAGCAGUUUUCUAUGCUGGAGGACCAGUGUAUAACAUACCUAAAGGGAGAAAGGAUGGAAGAAGAUCCAAAAUUGAGGAUACUAUCAAUUUGCCAUUUCCUACCUUUAAUGCCUCUGAGCUUAUUAGACAGUUUGGUCAACAUGGUUUUUCUGUACAAGAGAUGGUGGCUCUCUCUGGGGCUCAUACACUAGGAGUUGCAAGAUGUGCUUCUUUCAAAAACAGAUUAAGCCAAGUGGAUCCAGCUUUGGAUUCAGAUUUUGCAAAGACACUAUCCAAAACAUGUAGUUCUGGUGACAACUCAGAACAACCAUUUGAUGAAACAAGGAACGACUUUGACAACGUUUACUUCAAUGCUUUGUUGAGGAAGAACGGUGUUCUCUUUUCAGACCAAACACUAUACACUAGUCCCAGAACAAGGAACUUUGUGAAUGCUUAUGCAAUGAACCAAGCCUUGUUCUUCCUUGAUUUCCAACAAGCUAUGGUCAAGAUGGGCUUGCUUGAUAUUAAACAAGGCUCCAAUGGUGAAGUAAGACAAAAUUGCCGCGUAAUUAACUAAUCAUUAGAUAAAAAAAAUAGGUUUUAAGUAUGUAAUAUAAACUAAAUGUUUAUGUGUAUGGUUUGCUUUGAAUUGUUUUGUUUUGUUGGGUAUGGGGUGUAUUUCUGUAUUAUUAGUAGUAAACUUUCGUAUCAAUAUCAAUAUAUCUAUAAGCAUCAAUCAGAACCUAUGAUAUCUAUAAGCUUUCAA